CCCCCGCCGGAUCAGUCUCCUCGUACCAUCAAGGAACCCAUUAAUCCCGCCGAUUCCAAGCAUGUCGCACCGAAAGCCACCAGCUCUGUGACCCUGUACACGCCCGUCCCUGCAACCAGCUUUUAUGGGUCUACUGGCGUUGGCUCCUCCCAUACCGGAUAUAUCGCUCCCGCAUCGUCUCCCUUUCGCGAGUUCCAGCUCGUGGAGGAGGCACCUAGCCCAGAGGUUGUCGCCCCCAAUGCCACUUACGAUGCAUGGGGCAGAACUGCCUGGCAGGACCCAGGGAUCACUCCGUGGGACUCUGCAUGGUCUGGAGGAGGCUCGUGGGGCGAUACAAAUCCCAUACACAAGGUCCCCAUUGACGGCCGCAGCGAGGAGGAAGAACUGAACUGGGCAGAUGCUACGGUUCGCGCGAAUCAUGCCAGGCCGGGUCCUGGGAUGCUUCCUCCUAUGUUGGCAGAUAUGCUACAUGAUCCUGAACACGCACUCUACCACAUAAGCAUUACACCGCCCGAUCCGACCUCUCAUCAAUUCUGUCCGUCCCCGGAAGAAGUCCGGACGUCUGUGCCACACCCACAUGCAUACUACUGCAAAGAACAUAAUGGUUGGGUGAUACUCAUUUGGAGGUCGUCCACCGUCCUUCCGCCGCUCGAGCGCGCCUUCGAUCCGCCCUUGCCGGACAUGGCUCGUCGGAAGCAGACAACAUCGUGCGUUGGUGACGGUGAACAGCCGUUUGGGCAGGUCAACAUCACUCAUCACUGGCACCACUAUGAACAUGCUGUGGAUUCACAGAAGCUCAACCCGCCUUUCAUGCGGGAGAACACACUGCUGGGCCUCUACGUCUGCUGCCAGUGCUCAACCUAUUGCCUCGUGUCCGACGUCAUCCCCGGAGUGGUACCCGCAGAACAUAUGAAGCGCUUUGUGCGUGAGAGGUAUGCGCAUCCCCCACUGGAUUGGACGCCACACGCGAGCGUCGCGUCCGGAUUCGAAACCAUUUUGACGAUCGUUAACAACCGAUUGUGGAGAGAUGAGCAAAGAUCACUCCCUGUACACACCCAUCGAUUCCAGCUGAAGCUUGGAUGGAAUGAUGCUGUGCGGCGUGUUUUUGAGGCUGUCGGUUUCACUGUGGAAGAAGAUACCAGCGAGCCGCAGCCAACUGUCUACCUCAAGCCCCCGAAGAUCGACCCAUCGACGCCUGAAGGCAAGCAGACCCGCGCCAAGUUGCUUCGCGCAUGGGUGGAGCUCAACGCCUGGCUUGCGAUUUACCUGAAAUCUAAGAAUGUAGGGGACUACGUUUCAAUGCCACCGUCCGCGGAUGCCACUGAGGUGCGAGAAAUGUAUCAGAUGGGCAUCGGAGCACACGUGAGCCAAAUCCCUCGUGGCUUGCUCCCCGAGACGGUCGCCCUCAAGAACGAUGUCUUAGCUGAAGACUGGCGAAGUCUCGGAAUGACACCGGCGACGUAUUCAUGGGAGCUGUUGAUGUUCGCCUACCUCGCCCAGUGCCGCUGCGAUCCGGCGCGUACCCCGAAGUAUUUCACAUGUCUGUCCAACAUCGUGCAGGCUAUGGUAGAACUCGGCGAAGCUGUCCCGGAGCUGCAGCAGCUCAUCAUGGACGAGCGCAACAGAUACCGGUACACAAGUGAGAAUCUCCGCGAUGCGAUCACUCUACUCGGCUUCGGCAGAGACAACGAGCUGAAGGUGGGACUCGAUGACGAGGUCGAUGAUGAGUUCAUCCUUCGUGCCUGGAGGGACGCGCGGCGCCGCGCGUGGCGGGACACCGUCAAUGGCAGCGAGCUCCGCAUGAGGCUGAAUGAAGCUUUGAAAUUUGUCGCGGACGAUCGGGGAAGUGCUGUCCUCAGGAAGGCCUGGGAGGAGGAGAAAGGUUCGGGCAUGUCGCCUGAUGCGGCAUAUGCUGCUCUCGGAGUACCGACAGACGUAGAUGAUGGCAUGCUCAUAACAGUCUAUGGGCUACGGGUCGAUGACCAGCCCAGCCAAGCAGAACGGAUGCGGGAGGCGUUGACAGUCAUCGCGGAAGUCACUGGCAGCGAGAGGCUUCAACAAUUCAUUGCUACUGGUCGCGAUCCGGGCGAUGCUACUCAUGUUACUAUGCCGGAAAUGCCUCGAGGGCUGAACCAGCUUGGGAACACGUGUUACCUCAACUCUCUCCUCCAGUAUUUCUACACUAUCAAGGAUCUCCGCGAAGCCAUCACUCCGCUUUCAAGCACUGAUACGAAGGCAUUGGACGAUAGUAAGUUCACAGACGAUGAUCUGAAACGGCAUCGUGUUGGUGGGCGGUUGGUGACAAGGAGAGAGAUCUUGCGUUCGAAACGAUUUGUCCACCAAUUGGCCGAUCUGUUCUGGAAUCUGGAGUAUUGUGAAGUUCCUGCAGUGACGCCUACUAUCGAUCUGGCAAAGCUUGCUCUUGUGACAUCGCAAGAUGAAGAAGAGGACGACCAGGACAGGGCAGGUACCGACUCGUCGAACGAUACCGACGCUACUCUCGUAGAAGAUGCUCCUCCCCGCUUGUCUUCCCCACCGCCCCUCUCAAGCCCGACUGACACUAUCUUGGGAAAGCGAAACCGGGAUGUCGGGGUUGGUAUGGAUAUCGAUAGUCCUCCGGACGCAACAGGGUCGUCAUCUCCUGCGUCGACUGUAGAACAGCCGACGGCGUCCUCAUCUAAGCUGCCAGCGGAACCGAUGGACGUCGAGAUGCAGGACGUCUCGACACCCGCGGGUCCUCAGCUGAAGCCGCCUCCGCUACCUGCACGGAAGCCUCGGCGUGUUGACGACUCUGUGAUGAUGUUUGGAAGACAGCAUGACGUCUCGGAAUGCAUGGACAAUUGCAUGUUCCAGAUUGAGACUGCUCUGCUCGACUUCGAACAAAUGACGGGAGCAGAUGAUGACAAGACGAGCGUGAUCAAGAGGUUGUUCUAUGGGAAGAAGCGGCAACGUCUAACACCUUUGAGGCCUGCUGGCAGCGCCAGAUAUGAGUCUUCCAUACAUGAAAAGGAGGACCUCUUCUCUCACCUGCAUGUAAACGUCUCCGAUGAGGGAUUCGACCUAUAUGACGGGUUGGCACGCUAUUUCGACGACGUUGUGGAGUUCGACGGCCAGAAGAAGCGGAUGGAAGUGACGCUCGUGGACCUUCCUCCAUUACUUCAAAUUCAGCUCCAGCGCGUACAAUUCGAUCGCGAAACACAACAGGCGUACAAGUCACAAGCAUACGUCAAGUUUGGUGAAACAAUAUACAUGGACCGUUUCCUGGACACCGCGGAACAAGACAAAAAGGCACGCGCGAAAGCGAUACAGGCUGACCUGAAUGCAAGCCGAGAUCAUGUACAGCGCCUUACGAAGGACAAGCAUGCACCUUUCGCGCCUGCAUUGGGCGGGACGGCCGAUUUUCUCUCGAAGCAGGAUGCCUUCCAGAUACCCGAAGUCGACGAUAGUCUGAUCGCCACGCUUAAUAAAGAACAGGACUCCGUCACGGCGCAGCUAGAGCAGGAGAGAAGCAAUGUUCUCCGCUUGAAGAGCGAGAUCGAAGACAUCUGGAAGGAUGAUACAUCAGCGACGUACGAGCUGACUUCGGUCUUUGUACACCGCGGAUCGUCGCCUUCCUGGGGACACUACUUCUUCUACUCUCGGAAUCUGCCUGAUCACCCUAAUCAGUGGUUUAAAUACAACGACUCGGAUGUAAGUAUAGUCUCGAAGGAUGAGGUGUUGGCGGACACUACUGGGUCAACGGCAAACCCGUACAUGCUUGUAUUUGCACGAAAAGGAUCGCAGGCCAUCCAUACUGUGCACAGAUUCGACCCGCAACAGCUGCAAGACGGAUGAUGUCCACCUACAUUUUGUCACCAAUCAUUAUGAACUAAUGCGCAUUGUAUACUACGCAUCCUGCUUGUGUGUGUUUCUACUAAGUGCCUGUGUUAUCCCGAUAAUGAAAGGUUGCCGAGCGCUGGGCCGCUUUUCAGUGACAACAGG